AUGGUCUGUCCCGAAAACUUUACCUUUUACGAAUCUUUAUGCUAUGGACCACAUUUAGAUGAAAUUUUCAACUUUCCGAAAGCUAGAAAUGAGUGUCUUGAUAUUGGAGGUGAUCUAGCAAAGUUGGAUAGUCCAGAAAAAUUUCAUGCUUCCUCUUUAUACUUACAAGAGGAAUUUACUUAUUGGAUUGGAGCUCGAUUAACAAAUUCUGACCCAGAUGAUGGCUGGAGAUGGGUUGUCGACAAAGAGCGUUUUAGCAAUAUUACCUACUGGUAUGAUCUGCAAUCCUUCCCACCGUCUCACCAUUGUGCAGCAAUGGAAUAUAAAAAUGGGUUCUGGAACUUUAUAUUAACACACUGUCUGGAUGAAAUUAAUGUCCUAUGUCAAAUCGAGCCAAAUUUAUCAAAUAAUUCAUCAAAUGUGCUCUUUAAACAAAUUUCCGCAACCGAAUCUUCCUCGCCGAUUUCAAGCUUAAUUAGUGAGAGCCAAUCAGCGACGGCUGAUAUUUUGGUAACAACAUCAACAGGAAAGUUUAAUCCAUAUCAGACGAGUACAAAUGUACACAAUUUAUAUAGAGAAACCUCUAAGCCGGAAAUAGGUCUUUCUUCAAGCAAAUUAAGCACUGUAACAAAGUCUUCAAAUUUUUAUGAUAUUGCAACGAGUGAUCCACCGAUUAAAGCCACAACCAUCUUCGAAACUACUCCAACGGAUGCAGCGAUUCACGUUAAAAAUUUAUCUACAACAUUUCAUAAUUUAUACGAUCAAUUAUUAUCUGCACCCAUUAACACUUCGGCUGAGCAAGCAACUAACCUAUUAACCAAUUUAACCGGUGUGCUAAAUACAGACAAACAAAUUAAAGCGGAUGAUUUGGCAGUUUCUAGACUUGCUUUGCUGCAAUUAAGUCAAAAUGUAGACAUGAAGGCAACUACAAAUCAUUCGACAUAUUUUCAGGCAUAUUUUAGCGCAGUAGGCCAAUUAACAUCCAAAAGUAAAUCGGCUGCUUGGGCAGAAGUUAGUAAGAAAAUUCCUAUCGUUUCUGAUAUCCUUAAUAUCACAGAUGGCAUAGCAGAACAAGCUGGACGUACAUUAGCUCCUGGUGACUCCUAUCAAUUCAAUUCAAAGGAUUUAACUAUCCGAGUUAAUAAAUAUCAAGCUAGUCAGUAUCGAUCUAACGGAUACGUAGCCACAGCUGAAAAGUUUCCAAAUUCUAAUUUGAAAUCACACUACUAUUUAAAUUUACCCCCGACUCCAUUAGCUAAUCAAGCCGAGUCUAUAAAUUUCGAGAGCCGCGAUAUUUUGGUUUUGAUUGCUAUGAAAUAUCUCCUAGUAGAUGAUGUUGUGAUAGCCGUCACUAUUUUUAAAUCCUUACAAGAUGUAACAGGUGGGAAGCUGUCUUCCGUAUCAUCCAGAGGAAAAACUGGUAAUUGGUCUAAUCAUGGAUGCAGCGUUGAUAUGACGAAUAAGACUCAUACUCGAUGUCGAUGCAGUCAUCUAACCCAUUUUGCUAUAUUAAUGCGAGUUUCGUCCAUUCCAAUUUCAGCUCAGCAUCAAGUUAUUCUCGAUUUAUUAUCAUAUGUCUGUUGUGGGAUUUCGAUUGCUUCGCUAAUCGUAUCGAUGAUGAUAUUCUCUCUUAUACAAAUUAGUUCUGAUCGCUUCCAAAUUCAUACAAAUCUAGCAUUUACGAUGCUAAUAUCUCAGAUUGGUAUCCUAUUAGGCGGAUGGGAUUUUGUCAAACAAAAUCCGGUAAUCUGUAAAGUAGUCGCUAUUGGCUUGCACUAUUUCCUCCUAGCAAUGUUUUCAUGGAUGUUAAUGGAAGCACUACAUUUAUAUUUUCAAAUUAUAUCAGUAUUUAAUACAAAGUCAAGGCUUAAACUAUAUUAUAUCUUAGGCUGGGGUGCUCCUGCAGUAAUUGUAGGAACAGCUGUAGGUUUAGGGCAUAAAUACUACGGGCUUAAUCAAAUAUGCUGGUUAUCCCUCAAUAAUGGAAUGAUUUGGGCAUUUACUGGCCCAGCUCUAUUUGUUAUAGCUGUAAACUUCGUGGUCAUGGUGUUAAUAAUCAAAGUUACAUUCAAUAAAGCUAAAAUUCAUCAAAACGAUACAGGCAGUACUAAGAAGCAAGCAAAGACCAUUUCAAAAGCUUUACUGAUAUUACUACCUAUCCUUGGUCUUACAUGGAUAUUUGGAAUCUUGUCUACGAAUGAUCAGUCUAUCAUUUUUAGUUAUAUUUUUGUCAUCUUAAAUGGAUUACAGGUGAGAAUUUUGCUCAAAAGAAAGCUUGGAUUAACUAGUAAGCUAUCGAAAGGAAAGAUAAGCUCUGAAGCCGUCAUUUCUACUAUGAAGGGACUUCAUAAAGGUAAUAAACGAGGAAUUAGUUCAAUAGAGAAGUCAUCAGAUAAAAGUGUAACUAAUAUUGACGGCGUAAUGUAUCAUGAUGAUGAUGUUCAAAUAUCACGAGUUUUUUCGACUCUUUAUAUUGCUCAAUAA